AGUAUCUCUCCGUGAGGACUGGCCACCCCUGACAUUGGCUACUGUCUCCUUAACUACUGAUCCGAUUUCCAGAGACCAACCUGUUACUGCAGGAGUGAUCUUCCCCUGAUGGAUUAUUUAACAGGUGCUGAGUCCCAAAUCGCAAUCUGCGGCCACAGAUACAUAAACCAAGACAGCCGUGCGCAAUAUUCUCCGUAGCUAAUUCAAUGGGCUACAACUUCGAUAACGUUCUCAAAGCGGAGUAAUAUCUAAGAAAGAAGGCGACAUUAAGACCAGGGAAUAUCCCUGCAGCGGGUGUUUGAGCUAUGGUGUGGAGGCAGCGGAGGACAAGGUAGCCAUCAGUUGAACAUUAUCUUCGUGCGCAAUUACAAAUCACCGGUACGCAAUAAUGAUGUUUAACUUCAUUCGCUCAAUUACACGAACACGACUGGUACUUGGUCAAAUCUGUGGAUAUAAAGCAAAACAAUGUUUUUAACUAGUAAAAUGACAAUACAUGCGCAUUGAAAGACAUGUCCAAAGAAAUAGGCUUUUUGUCUUUCUCAAAAAGUAGGCUUUACUUAGAGAUGCAUUUAGAUAUGUCAAUUGAGCAGGAUAGGCUUCUAAAGACUGGACAUGCAUUUAUGUUCCUGUACUGAACACAUGAUUUAUCUGCGAAGAAAAUAGUUCUAGAGUUAAAUAGAGAUUAACCUAAUUUAGAGGGUGCGUUUAUAAAUACGGAGGAGUUGUCGAGCCGCAGUUAUGGUGGUGGAAAGGACACUGAUUGCCGCAAGGCAGGGGGAUGUCCAAACUCUGAAAGUGCAAUUAGCGGAGAAAGUACUGAACAGCGGAGUAAAGGACCUUUUGGGAGCCUCACCUGUCCACCAUGCCGCCCGUACUGGAAAAUUGACUUGCCUGCGUUUCCUCGUGGAAGAAGUGGGUUUACCGGGCAACGGUUUGGCGAAUAAUGGCGCCAGCCCCGCACACGACGCGGCUGCCACUGGUAACCUGGCCUGCUUACAGUGGCUAUUGACUCAAGGGGGAUGUCAUACCGCGGACCGGGAUAGUUCCGGAGCCACCGUUCUCCACCUUGCCUCCCGGUUCAGCCAUCACGAGAUCACUGAUUGGUUGCUGAAGAGCGGGGAGGCUGAUGCCGGGGUGUCCACAGAGACUGGGGCCCUGGCUGUCCACUAUGCUGCUGCCAAGGGAGACCUGCCCUCCCUCCGACUCCUGUUGAGACACAUCCCAAACGUUGUCGAUUCCCAAACAAAGAAUGGUGCCACACCCCUCUACCUGGCCUGCCAGGAGGGCCACCUGGAGGUCGUCCAAUACCUGGUGAAGGACUGCGGGGCGGAGCCAAGCAUCAGAGCCAAUGACGGGAUGACACCUCUGCAUGCUGCUGCCCAAAUGGGCCAUAACACUGUCAUUGUCUGGCUGAUGAGCUUCACAGAGAUCAGCCUGUCAGACCGGGACGGUGACGGUGCCACGGCCAUGCACUUCGCCGCCAGCCGCGGCCAUGCCAAGGUGCUCAGCUGGCUGCUACUGCACGGUGGCGAGAUCAUCACCGAUAGCUGGGGCGGAACGCCGCUACACGAUGCUGCCGAGAACGGGGAGCUGGAGUGCUGUCAGAUCCUGGUGGUGAAUGGGGUGGACCUGGGCAUACGGGACCAGGACGGCUUCUCGUCGGCUGACUUGGCAGAGUACAACGGGCACGUCCAGUGUGCCAAGUACCUGUGCACUGUUGAGAACAUGAGUGUGGCACACCGCGUGCUUUCCAGGGACCCAUCGGCCGACCUGGAGUACAGCAAGCAGCACGACAUGGGCCUGUCAUCCCCCAACAACACAAUGUCCUCAGCGGGGUCGCGGCAGACCCAGCAACCGGCCCAAUUCGACAUGGGCUCGCCCUCCAGCACCCUGUCCAACUACGACUCAGCCAACUCCAGCCAGUGUAGCAUGGGAGAAAAGCGGAGCAGCUCACCCCCUUCAUCACGAGCCCCCACUGGCGGAGGCCCAGCGGAGUCGGCCAUAAAUGACAUGCAUACUUACACGGAUAUGCUCAACCCUGACGUGGAGCCCGGCGCUCCCAAGUGCAAGGAGCCCGCCACCGCCGCUCAGCCGCCUCCCCCACCCCUGCUGGCCUUGCCAAUGCCCCCUCCCCCUGACUCCCCCUCCCAAACACUCCUGCCUCCCCCCGAAUACCCUCUGCCACAGCCCCCCGCGGACUCAGCCGAUAUCUAUCUGAAGGCGAAGAGCAACCUGAGGCACGUGGAGGAGGUGCAACUGACUCCAGAAGAGAACCACGAUAGGCUGCACCGGGUGGACUCCAACAGAAAGUCUCGAAACUUCAACAAGCAGCCCAGCACGGGGGACUACUACAAAGCCCUGGGUAGCGACACGGUCGCCUACCGUGGGGUCCGAACCAUGGUGCCUAACAAGGAGGGUUCUCUGUUAUUGGAGGAGUCAGCCGACAGCCCCGCCCCCAGCCCACAGAACAGCACCACCGAGUUGCCCCUCCCUCCUCCCCUGCCCCCACUCCCCAUCAGCAAUCCCACCCCGGCACCCCCUCCUCCCCCGCCAUUGCCCUCAGAAAUGCCCACCUUCCAGUACAGCACCAACCAGCGACGCCCCUCCUCCUCUUCAGGAAGUGUGGAGUUUCUGUCCCCCUCUCCUCAGCCUGAAGGAGGCCCACUUAGGGUGAUAAAGAGCAACAAAUCCUUCAACAUGAUGUCCCACACCGGAGACAACACGGAGUUGCUGGCUGAAAUAAAAGCGGGGAAGAACCUGAAGCCCACCCUACACAGUAAAGGCUACACAACAGUCUUCUCCAACAGCGGCCUGCCGGGCAAUAAUGGAGAGAGCCCCAUGUCACCACCCCAGACCCACACGGUCAGCCCGUCCUCAGCCAAGCCCACGUCUCCGCCCUCCACCGCCACAUCCCCACCCGCCGCCCCCAGCCCUGUGGGCACCAGCACGCCCCGGAACCUCUCCACCUCCAAGAGCAGCGAGCAGCACCUCAAUAGGAACGUCAGCGGGGCAGCAAGCCUGAUGGGACAGACCCGGAAGGGUAGCCUGGCGGACGUGGAGGCCCUAGUGCCCACACACGACGAGCAGGGCCGAGCCAUCCCUGAAUGGAAAAGGCAGGUGAUGGUGCGCAAGCUCCAGGUGAAGAUGCAGGAGGAGGAUGAACACAAGCGCAAGGUGGAUGAGGAGGUGGCGCGCCUGGCGUCCAUGCCAGGAUGGCGAAGGGACAUCAUCAAGAAAAAGCUUGAUGAAGAGAAGUCGGACAGGGGGCAAAAAAGAAAAGAAGAUGAGCUUGCAAACAAGGCAAAGGAGAGCGGGGAGAAGAAAGAGCAGGAGCGACUACGGACCAUGGGUUACAACGAGAGCAAGUUGGCGCCAUGGCAACGGCAGAUCAUCCUGAAGAAAGGAGACAUAGCGAAACAGUAGAUAGGGCCUCCCCAUCCAACCCUCUUCCCCUUCAAUGUCAACCAACCAACCCCCAACCACUACCAAAAUCCCCUCCCAUACCCAACCCUCAUCGCACCCCACCCCAACCAGGUUUCCACUAGAUCACAAAGUCAGAUUCCAGAGCCACAAAGGCAAAAUUAGCUACAAAAAUGUGCAUUUUGGCAUUCAUUUAAGGUUAUUAGGGUUUAGGUUGAAAAUAAACGUGAAAUUAUAGAAAUAGGCAGAGUUUAGCCAUCAUUUCGACUUUGUGGCUGUGUUAACUAGUGACGACCCACCAAACAGGACCAUGCCACCUCCCAACAUGCUUUGCAGCUCUGCCAUCCUGAAAUGGUGUGGCCGCACCAAGGUCCCGUGGACAAAAACUGUACGUGUCGCAACGUUAGCGGUGUCUGAUUCAAAGGACAACAUGAGCACAUUGAAUAGAUGCUCCUACCCCUUUUCUCCUGUCAAAACAUUUGGCUAAAUUACUGUACGUAUCGCAACUGUAUGAGACCCUUAGACUUGAAUCAUAUACACUAGCUUUACUUUACAUUAUUUAACAUGACUCUGUAGGAAUUUCCCACACAAUUCCACACACUUGAACAACCUUUGUCAAUGUUGAUCUGUUGGUCUGUCUUGUUGGCCUUUGUGGGAAAAGUUGUCAUUGCUAUAGGUUGAGCAGUUUGUCAUAAAUAGAAAAACUGUCCACGAUCUGUUUUCUCUGCAUUUGAUUCACCCGCACUUACAUUGAUAAUUGAGCUCUAAAACUAGACUGUUGUAUUCUACUGUAGGUUUGCUUUUAGGAUGGAAAAUGUCAUGGUUAACAUAAUAAGCAAUGGCAUUUUGAUACUGUAUAUAUCAUCUCCAUGUAUUGCACAAAGACCUAUAUUCUACUUAAUGAUGCUAUUUUUCAUUGAGCCCAUCUGAACUUCAAGAGAUAUUGUUGAAACAGGAAAUAGAUAAAGUCCCUCCUGUAUCUGUUAUUUUGUACAUUAAUAUCAUAUGGGUAACUGCAACCAUAAGUCAUUUAAAAUGGGUUUAUUACUAUUGUUAGUUGUGGAUAACGUAAUUUAAGAACAAAAAUAUAAAAGCAACAUGUAAUGAUUUCAAUGAUGUUACUGAGUUACAGUUCAUAUCAGGAAAUCAGUCAAUUGAAAUGAAUUCAUGAGGCCCUAAUCUUUGGAUAUCACAUGACCGCGAAUACAGACUGGUCACAGAUAGCUUUUAAAAAAAGUAGUGGAUCAGAAAAGCUGUCCGUAUCUGGUGUGACCACCAUUUGCAUUGUGACACAUCUCCUUUACGCUGUUGAUUGUGGCCUGUGGAAUGCCCCACUCCUCUUCAAUGGCUGUGCGAAGUUACUGGAUAUUGGCGGAAACAAACCGCUGUACACGCCAAUCCAGAGCAUCCCAAACAUGCUCAUUGAGGUGACAUGUCUGAGUAUGCAGGCCAUGGAACUGUGACAUUUUCAACUUCCAGGAAUUGUGUAUAGAUCCUUGUGACAUGUGGCCGUGCAUUAUCAUGCUGAAACAUGAGGUGAUGGAGGAGGAUAAAUAGCACGACAAUGAGCCUCAGGAUCUCGUCACGGUAUCUAAAAUGCAAUUGUGUUCGUUGUCCAUAGCUUAUGCCUGCCUAUACCAUAACCCCACCGCCACCAUGGGGCACAAUGAAGAGAUGGAGAAGUGCAAAUAGGAAGCAAGGGAACUAACAAGGAUGAGCCAGAGAGCUAGGGAAGAAGGGAUGGGGAAGUGAGAGAAAAAUCUCCACAAAAAGAGAAGGGAAUUAGUGGAGGUUAUCCCCACAUAGGUCACAGGUAGGCAAUAACUUUUUUUUCAAUUGUUUUUCUUUCUUUGUGAACGCACCAUUAUGGCUUUCUUUUCUAUUUUAUCAUCAAAGCAAACCGUUCACCUACACGAAGCCAUGCAUGCUGUCUGCCAUCUGCCCGGUACAGUUGAAACCGGGAUUCAUCCAGGCCAUCGAAGGUGAGCAUUUGCCCACUGAAGUCAGUUACAAAGUCGAACUGCAAUCAGGUCAAGACCCUGGUGUGAACGAUGAGCAGGCAGAUGAGUUUCCCCAAAAAGGUUUCUGACAGUUUGUGUAGAAAUUCUUUGAUCUUGCAGGUAAAGAAGCCAGAUGUGCAGGUCCUGGGCUGGCAUGGUUACACGUGGUUGGUUGGAUGUACUGCCAAAUUCUCUAAAACGACAUUGGAGGAGGCUUACAGUAGAGAAUCUGGCUACAGCUAUGGACAUUCCUGCAGUCAGCAUGCUAAUUGCACACUCCCUCAACUUGAGACAUCUGUGGCAUUGUGUGAGAAAACAGCACAUUUUAAAUUGGCCUUUUAUUGUCCCCAGCACAAGGUGCACCUGUGUAAUGAUCGUGCUGUUUAAUCAGCUUCUUGAUAUGCAACACCUGUCAGGUGGAUGGAUAGUCUUGGCAAAGGGGAAAUGCUCACUAACAGGGAUGUAAAUAGUUUUUACAAUUUUUUAUUUAACCUUUAUUUAACUAGGAAAGCUAGUUAACUUUGUAAACACAUGUGCACAACAUUUAAGAGAAACAAACUUUUUGUGCGUAUGGAAAAUGUCUGGGAUGUUUUAUUUCAGCUCAUGAAACAUGGGACUAACACUACAUGUUGCUUUUAUACUUUUGUUCAGUUUGAGCAUUUAACUCUUUUUUUACUUUUCAAUGCCCUUAUUGUGAUCACGGUGAAUUGUUUGUGUUGCAUGUGUCUUAUGGAUGUCAUAAUUGACUGUGUUGUCCAACCAAAAGCACAUCUCUUGUUAUCCAAGAGGAUUGAACACUCCACAAUCAUGCUAAUUAAAAAACACGUAAUAUUUAGCAAAUCGCUAUGAGUUCAACAAGCAAACAUGUUUUCUUUUAUCGAUGUAUAAAAUAUUAGGAGCACAAUCAUAACAGAAGUCUCAUCAGCACACUGAAUAUUGCAAAAGUCCCACAAAUAUAUCAGUGUCCUUUAUCUGGCUUUCACCAGUAAACCUUGGAAUGUAAUAUUUUAUGAGCAGAUCCUUUUACUAGAGGAGAGUUCUCGCUCUCUCUCACUUACUAUAUUUUCAAUCCACCUACUGUUUUUUUUUUAGGUAAAUGUUGUAGUUUUUUUUGGUAAAGGGACCAAACUAUAGGUAACUCGGGCAUUCUCUUUUUUUUUUUUUUUAAAUGACCGUUGACACAUUGUUGGUUUCGUAGGAUAAUGUGCACUAAUGCUGUGGCUGGAGUUGUUGGUCCUCAGAAAUGUGCCAGACGUGUCUUUCUGAAUGUGUAUAUAAAACAUACAGUAUAUCCCCAAUGUCAGAAAAUGUGCUACAGGUUUACUUCAUAUGUUUUGGGUGUACAUUUUUGCAAAUGCAUCAAACAUAAUAUAUAAUGAAAUGCAUGGUCCUUGUUGAGAAACUAUUUGGAAAUAUUCAAUUCAUUGGAUGGCAUAUUGAUGUGAAAAUGUAAAACUAAGUAAACGUCAUUGCCAUUAGAAGAUUUUCUAUACAUUUAAUACUGUAUAUAGUAACCCUCAAUACUUUGUUGUUUCAUUGUUCCCAUAUUACAGUUCUCAGCCUUGCUUACAUAGAUUGUUGGUUCAUGAAUGUAAAACUAUAAUUUCAGAUUGUCUGGCAAAAUUAAGGCAGCAAUACAAUUUUAAAAACAUUACAAUGUAAUGUGUUAAACAAAUCAAAGUGUUAAACAAAUCAAAAUAUAUUUUAUAUAUGAGAUUCAAAUAGCCACCCUUUGCAUUUAUGACAGCUUUGCACACUUGGAAUUCUCUCAACCAGCUUCAUGCAUUUAAAUUAAAAGUUAAUUUGUGGAAUUUAUUUCCUUCUAAAUGCAUUGGAGCUAGCAACAGCGUGUUAGCUAGCAACAGCUAAUUCCUUGUUACGGAACCCUAACCGUCUGCAUGCGUGCGCCAUUGUGCAUAAAUUUAUUUGUCCCCCCACACCAAAAGCGAUCACGACACGCAGGUUAAAAUAUCAAAACAAACUCUGAACCAAUUAUAUUCAUUUGGGGACAGGUUCGAAAAGCAUUGAACAUUUAUGGCAAUUUAGCUAGUUAGCUUGCACUUGCUAACUAAUUUGUCCUAUUUAGCUAGCUUGCUGUUGCUAGCUAAUUUGUCCUGGGAUAUAAACAUUGAGUUGUUAUUUUACCUGAAAUGCACAAGGUCCUUUACUCCGCCAAUUAAUCCAUACAUAAAACGGUCAACCGAAUCGUUUCGAGUCAUCUCUCUUCUUUCCAGGCUUUUUCUUCUCUUGACUAUAUUACAAUUGGCAACUUUCAUAAAUUAGGUACAUUACCGCCACUGAGCUCGUUCGUCUUUCAGUCACCCACGUGGGUAUAACCAAUGAGGAGAUGGCACGUGGGUACCUGCUACUGUAAACCAAUGAGGAGCUGGGAGAGGCAGGACUUGCAGCGCAAUCUGCGUCAGAAAUAGAACUGAUUUCUAUUUUAGACCUUGGCAACUCAGACGCUCGUUGGCGCGCGCGAGCAGUGUGGGUGCAAUAAUUGAAUAACAUAGAUUUCUAAAUGUAUUUUGCAACGCUCGCACACGCGAAUGGUGUAGUAAGCCUUUUAACCCUUGGCAAUGCAGACGCUCGUUGGCGCAAUAAUUGAAUAACAGAUUUCUAAAUUUAUUUUGCAACACUCACAAGCGGUGUGGUCAGCCUGUGAGUCUACAAUUUCUCUGAAAUUCUGCUGGACAAUUGCCGAACAACUGAACGUUAUGUCACACUAAGUUGUUUGCAAGAGAAUCUCUUUCUUUGAGUUGGACAGGUACUGUACUUUUAUGAAUAGUUUUUAAUUACGUUUUGUCAAGAGGGAAUAACACAGCAGCGUCGACCGUGGGGCGCUACACUCAUACCCCUUUCUAAUCGAUUUAAUGGUGGCGUUUUCAGUGUGGGUAUAUGCAAUUGUUUUGUUUAGAGGGAUGGCACCACUGGUUCAAAAGUGGUGUUGCAAAAUUCAUACAUGUAUUUUCUGGGGCCUCAUUUAUAAACUUUGCAUAAAUUUCACACAAUUUCUGCCUGCGCCAUUUUUGAAAGUCUGCCCACGCCAUACAAGCGCAAGUUUCCUGUUAUAAAAAUCUGACCUUGUCAUAAAACUGCGUGAAGGAGCAUUAGAACUCUGCCUGAAAAAUACCUUCCAUUCACUUUUUAUGGUGACAAUAACGCCCUUAUUUAUUUAUUUAUCUAAUGUGGAAAUAUUGGCAUUAGGCCAUGGCAUGCAGAAGACUAAUUGUUGUUUAAUAUUUAGUUUAUCAAUAGAUUAUUGGGUUUCUAUACCCUGGCUUGGUAUAGGCUCAGAUUAAAUAUGCAACUAUCUCACACCAAUACUGUAGCAUACCCAUACUGUCAAACAUUUCACAUAAACUACCGGUCUAUUUUGUUGGCAGGAUGAUAAAUCUUUAACAGUAAUUUAUGCUGUAUCUGGAAAAGGACCUGCAGGAAGUACGGGGUGCUGCAGCAGCCUCUGAUAAAUCAGAAUGAGCUUUUUUUAAGGUUGUGAUCCAUAUAUUUAUUUACAAAGCUAGGAGACUGAAUUUCAAUAUCCACCCUCCGGGAAGACAAUCUGUUCCUGUAUUGAGUAUUUGUGCCGCCAUAGAAACGGCCCCUCUCAACACAUAUUGAUCUCCAAUAUAGGCAAUGAAAGCCAAGGAUCUGAUAUCAUGUACCACCUCAUGAUGCCAAAUAUGGAAAAGUUACAACCAAGAGCAGCACAGUCUAAACUAGCAACAGUCACAGCAAAUGACCAUUCUUAUUUCAUCAAUACUAUCAAGUACAAGUAUAUUAAGGUUAUAAUAUUGUGGAGAACAAUCUAAUGGACAAUUAUAUAAAUGGAGGAUCUUCAGAGGAGAAAGGGGAGGACCAUCCUCAGUGAAUUUCAGAACAAAAUCUAAAUAGUGAAACAUUAAAGUUAUUAUUUUUAGAUAAAACUGUUAAAUAUAUUCACGUCACAAACUAAUGUAUUAAAAUACAGUUUUGCAGUGAAGGUCUACAGUAACCUCAACAGCAUUCGAUAAGGUAGCACACCAUGGUGUAGCUUCCCGUCCUCCUCUGGGUACAUUGACUUCAAUACAAAACCUAGGAGGCUCAUGGUUCUCACCCCCUUCCAUAGACUUACACAGUAAUUAUGACAACUUACGGAGGACAUCCUCCAACCGAUCAGAACUCUUGCAGCAUGAACUGACAUGCUCAUAAAAAAAAAUAUUGUCCUCCCUCAUCCUAAACGGCACCAACCGACACUGAAUUCGAUGUAAUUUAUGACAUAGGGCAAAGAAAAAUGGACAAAUCUUACCCUCUUGAAUUGCUCUGUUUUCUCUACAUUGUACAUCAGUGUGAAACCCUUUUUUUUUAUCUCACAAAAGUAGUGCCUUUUUUACUCCUGUAUGAAAAGGAAUGUCAGUUAUUGUAUGACUCCUUCGGGAACAUGAACUAGAGGUCGAUCGAUUAAUCGGAAUGGCUGAUUUAAUUAGGGCCGAUUUCAGGUUUUCAUAACAAUCGGUAAUCUGCAUUUUUGGACACCGAUUAUGGCCGAUUACAUUGCACUCCGCGAGGAGACUGCGUGACAGGCCGACUACCUGUUAUGCGAGUGCAGCAAGGAGCCAAGGUAAGGUGCUAGCUAGCAUUAAACGUAUCUUAUAAAAAACAAUCAAUCUUAACAUAAUCACUAGUUAACUACGCAUGGUUGAUGAUAUUACUAGUUUAUCGAGCUUGUUCGGCGUUGCAUAUAAUCGAUGCGGUGCCUGUUAAUUUAUCAUUAAAUCACAGUGGGUGAUUUAACAAGCGCAUUCGCGAAAAAAGCACUGUCGUUGCACCAAUGUGCCUAACCAUAAACAUCAACGCCUUUCUUAAAAUCAAUACACAAGUAUAUAUUUUUAAACAUGCAUAUUUAGUUAAUAUUGCCUGCUAACAUGAAUUUCUUAUAACUAGGGAAAUUGUCACUUCUCUUGCGUUCCGUGCAAGCAGUCAUGGUAUAUGCAGCAGUUUGGGCUGCCUGGCUCGUUGCGAACUGUGUGAAGUCCAUUUAUUCCUAACAAAGGCCGUAAUAAAUUUGCCAGAAUUGUACAUAAUUAUGACAUAACAUUGAAGGUUGUGCAAUGUAACAGCAAUAUUUAGACUUAGGGAUGCCACCCGUUAGAUAAAAUAUGGAACGGUUCCACAUUUCACUGAAGAAUAAACGUUUCGUUUUCGAAAUGAUAGUUUCCGGAUUUGACCUUAUUAAUGACCUAAGGCUCGUAUUUCUGUGUGUUAUUGUGUUAUAAUUAAGUCUAUGAUUUGAUAGAGCAGUCUGACUGAGUGGUGGUAAGCAGCAGCAGACUCGUAAGCAUUCAUUCAAACAGCUCUUUCAUGCAUUUGCCAGCAGCUCUUCGCUGUGCUUCAAGCAUUGUGCUGUUUGACUUCAAGCCUAUCAACUCCCGAGAUUAGGCUGGCAAUACUAAAGUACCUAAAAGAACAUCCAAUAGUCAAAGGUCUAUGAAGUACAAAUGGUAUAGAGAGAAAAAUUCCUAUAAUAACUACAACCUAAAAUGUCUUACCUGGGAAUAUUGAAGACUCAUGUUAAAAGGAACCACCAGCUUUCAUAUGUUCUCAUGUUCUGAGCAAGGAACUUAAACGUUAGCUUUCUUACAUAGCACAUACUGCACUUUUACUUUCUUCUCCAACACUUUGUUUUUGCAUUAUUUAAACCAAAUUGAACAUGUUUCAUUAUUAUUUGAGACUAAAUUGAUUUUAUUGAUGUAUUAUAUUAAGUGUUCAUUCAGUAUUGUUGUAAUUGUCAUUGUUACAAAUAUAUUUGUAUAAAUCGGCAUCAGCUUUUUUUUGUCCUCCAAUAAUCGGUCUCAGCGGUGAAAAAUCAUAAUCGGUCGACCUCUAAUAUGAACCCAUCACAGCCAGAAAAGGUGAGGAGUUUGUUAUACAAAAUAGGAAAAAGAUUCCUAUGUCGAUUAUUUUAGAUUCUAAAAAUAAAACAGAUUUUCGCUCUUCUCCCUAACAGCAAAUGGGUGCAUUCUUGUUCAUAUGUUUUCCAGUUUAAAAAAAAAACCUUUUCAUCAUAUCCUCGAUUUGCACAAAAUACUUACUUGCCAGCUUGCAACAGAAUAUUUCAGCCACUAGCAGAUGUGCGUACGCAUGGUCUAAAGUUUGCAGGGAGGUGAGCACAUUCUCACGCCAAGUUACUUUUUUAUACAUUAAUAAAUUCCUGUUUGCGUGAACUGGCGCACACACAUUUUGGGGUAUAUUUUGUAUGUACACACGUAAAUGAGGCCCCUGGACAUUACACCUGACUGCACUGAUCUCAUGACCUGGUCAUACUCUGGAUCCUAUUCGUAAGCUAUGAGCCUAGGGCUAGGGCUUUUAUUGUCAGGUAAUGUGAAUUGGAAACACUCCUGGCCAAAGGUGUAUCAAACCCUUUCAAACCUAGUUAUUAUUCAUCCUGAAUCUGAUAUCAAAACACCUAGAGACAACUUCAAUGGACAACAUACUCUGUCGUUUAUUGAACUUAUUUUCCGUUGCAAAACGUUUUUCUAUGAUGUGAAAGAGUGAAUGUCUUGUAAACGCAUUCCUCUGACAAAGACCAUUUGAUACUGAUGUCUGAAUUGGGAAAGACCUUGUACUCAACUCCACCCCUCCUGCCACCUGACUGACUGUUCAUAACCUGUAAUACAUUCAAUAGAUGGAAGGGGUUUCAUCACCCACUGGAGACUUGAACACAGAACGUCACUCAGAGAGCUGUGCAUGCCAGUGUGUUAGACAGCCACAUCUUUACAUUUGGGCAAAUAGACUAUAGAAAUGCCACUCUACUUCUGGUUAGGCAGCUGAAGUUGUACACUACACAGAACAGAUUUUGAUUUGUUAGGUAAAGUGUAGGCAUGCUGUCUUUAGAAGCACAUCAAUAUGAUAUGUACAACAGAAAAUGUAUCAAGCUGGGCGGCAUUUGUGCAAUGUCCACAUGUAGCCUACACCUCAACGGAUAAGUUAUAGCCAGUUAUAUAAUAUUGUUCUAGGACAGCUGAGCUGACUGAAGACCACGGGCAUUCAACUUGCAGUAGUUGAUAUCGGUUCCACGGUAACAUGUAUUGUGCCUAACUGUUUUCUUGCCUAACAUCAUUAUUUGGAAACGGUAUAUUGAUGAUAUUUUUGUUCUAUGGAGGGGUGAUGCAAAACAGCUCCAGGCGUUCCAUGCUUUUCUUAACUACUGUUCUGAUCAUUUGAGAUUUACUAUGCAAUCUGAUACACGUCAAAUCAGUUUUCUUGAUCUUCUGAUCUUGUGUGAAGAUAAUGUUCUUUACACUGAUCUUUACAAGAAGCGUACUGAUCGUAACAGUUUGUUGAGGGCUGAUAGUUGUCACCCACUUCCCUUGAAAAAUUGUUUGCACUACAGCCAAUUCUGUCAAAUCAAAAGAUUUGGAAAAUCAGAUUUCGACAGAAAUAUGGCUGAGACGCAAAGAAAGUUCAAGGAGAAGGGCUACAAAAAUGAUCAGAUUAAUAUUGCUAUUGAGAAAAUUAAAAACAAAACAUGACCUUUUUCAAGGUCAGUCUCGCAAAAAGACGCAUUGCAACUACCCGCUAUUCAAAGCGUUCUGAACAAAUUAAGGGAAUCGUUCACAAACAUUGGCACAUUCUAAAAUCCGAUGAUAGUCUCGGUAAUGUCUUUUCGGACCUUCCCUUGGCCGUAUUCUCACGGGGCAGAAAUCUCAGAGACCAAUUGGUACACUCUGAUUUACCACCCCAAGAUAUUCCUGAACAAUGUGCUCAAUGUAAUGGCACUUAUAAAUGUAGAUCCUUCAAACACCCACAAACCGGGAAAUCGAUCCCAAUCAAAGGUGUUAUUACGUGCCCCACUAAGGCAGUUAUUUAUCUUAUAACUUGUCCUUGUGGUAACAAAUUGUGGGUAAAACAAAGCUCGAAUUAAAAGUACGUAUCUCAGAGCAUCGUAGCACCAUUAGGUGUAAAAACUUUACUUACCCAGUUUUCGUCUCUGCGUUAUAUUGGCCUCGAACAUGUCACCAUCCCUAGGAGAGGGGGUGACCUUGAUAAUUUAUUGUUAAAACGAGAGGCUGCCUGGAUCUUUAACUUAAAGACCCUUGCUCCCUUCGGGCUCAACGUAGACUUUGAUCUGAAGACAUUCUUGUGAUUAUUGUGACUGCCAUUGUAAUUGUUUGUAAGCUUGUGUAGUCAAAAAUGAAUUUAUGAUCGUAUGCUAUCCAUUUGUUGUUUGUAUGUCAUUUUAAUAUUUGAGAAUUAACCAAUGAUUUUAGGCCACUCUUGGCCAUGAUUACAGACGCCUGUGUCUUUUGACACUAUAUAAACGAGUGUUUGUGAUUAUACCCUGAUGAAGACAGCUUGGCUGUUACGUUGGUAAUUAAAUG